CAUGAAGAAGAAGAAGAAGAACCGGACCACACGUGUUCCAAAAUGUCCUACUUUACUGUUUUGGUCGUGUAGUCAUUUUGUGCAAAGAGUCCUAAAUUAUUAAAGAGUUUUAAAUUGAAAAUUUCGCCUUCGACUUCCUCAGGAAGUAUAAAGGUAGAUAUAUUACAGAUCAGUAUAUGACAAUGGCGCAGAGGAAGAAGAGGAUGUGGAAGAAGAAGAAGCUUUCAGGAAACAGGGAGCCUGAUGUUGACUCAGAUGGAGGAGAUUUCGAGCUGGCGGCUGAAAUUAAAGACGACGUUGUAUUUGGUAAAAAGCUCCCUCGCUUCCCCACGUCUGCUGAUUGCCUGUCGGAUGUAGAACCAGACACCAGAGAGAUGGUGCGUGCUCAGAACAAGAAAAAGAAAAAGUCUGGAGGCUUUCAGUCCAUGGGGCUCAGCUAUCCUGUCUAUAAAGGGGUCAUGAAGAAAGGCUACAAUGUUCCGACUCCUAUCCAAAGAAAAACUAUCCCCGUCAUCCUGGAUGGGAAAGACGUCGUUGCCAUGGCGAGGACAGGAAGCGGAAAGACGGCUGCGUUCUUGGUGCCCAUGUUCGAGAGGUUGAAGGGACCUCAAGCUCAAACAGGUGCCAGAGCUGUAGUCCUCACACCCACCAGAGAGCUGGCACUACAGACCAUGAAGUUCACUAAAGAGCUCGGCAGGUUUACUGGUCUGAAAACUGCACUAAUCCUUGGUGGAGACAGCAUGGACGAUCAAUUUGCUGCUCUGCACGAAAAUCCAGACAUCAUCAUCGGUACUCCUGGCCGUCUGAUGCACGUCAUCAUGGAAAUGAACCUCAAACUGCAGAAUGUGGAGUAUGUGGUGUUUGACGAGGCUGAUCGACUCUUUGAAAUGGGUUUCACCGACCAACUGCAGGAGAUCAUCAGACGACUCCCAGAAACUCGGCAGACGCUGUUGUUCUCCGCCACGCUGCCCAAACUGCUUGUGGAAUUUGCGAGAGCUGGAUUGACAGAUCCAGUCUUGAUCCGGCUUGAUGUGGACAGUAAGCUCAGCGAACAGUUAAAGCUCUCGUUCUUUCACCUGCGUCUGGAUGACAAACCUGCACUGCUGCUGUAUCUUCUGCGAAACGUCGUAAAGCCUCAGGAGCAGACGGUCGUAUUUGUAGCAACCAAACAUCACGUGGAAUACCUCAACCAGCUGCUAACUUCGCAAGGAAUCGAGUGCGCAUACAUAUACAGCGCUUUGGACCAGACGGCCAGAAAGAUCAACAUCGGUCGAUUUGUGCACCGGAAAGCAAUGGUUCUGCUGGUGACGGACGUGGCAGCGCGCGGUAUCGACAUCCCACUCCUGGACAAUGUCAUCAAUUACAACUUCCCCUCCAAGGCCAAGCUCUUUCUACAUAGAGUUGGCCGCGUAGCCCGUGCUGGCAGAAGUGGUAGAGCCUUCAGCCUGAUCUGCCUGGACGAAGUGCCCUUUGUUUACGACCUUCAUCUUUUUCUUGGACGAUCUUUGCACCUCGCAACAGUUGAUCACUCACAUGAUGCUGACGGAGUACUCGGCCGCGUCCCUCAGAGCAUCUUGGAUGACGAAGACUCACAUGUCCUAGCAGCUCACGAGAAAGGUCUAGACCUCCAGAACCUCAAACGGAUCUCUGAGAACGCUUACAAGCAGUACCUGAAGUCCCGACCAAACCCUUCACCGGAGUCUAUCAAGCGGGUGAAGAACACCGAUCUCUCCUCCAUAGCUGUUCACCCGUUGCUCGGGUCAGGACUUGAGGAGAUGGAGUUGGAGAGAUUGCAGAUGGUCGACUCGAUCAAGGCAUACAAGUCAAAAUCUACUAUAUUUGAGAUCAACUCCAACAACAAAACCAGUGCCAGCGAGGUCAUGAGGACGAAGCGUUCUCGAGACAGCCGUCUGGUGGACAGAUUCCAGAAGACAAGAGAAGAGAUGAAGGCAGAGGCUCAGCAGAACCGCUCGGUUAUUCAGAGCUCCGCUACAACCCAGCAGCACCAGGGGGAGGAAGAGUAUGGUGAUGAGGAGGAAGAAGACCUUCAGGGAGUGUUUUCCAAAGUAGUUGGAGGAAAGAAACGGAAACAGGACUUCGACAGACCUAAGAGCAAAAAGAAGAGGCACUCGGGUCGAGACGAAGAGUUUUACAUCCCUUACAGACCCAAAGAUUUUGAAUCCGAAAGAGGACUCAGUCUUGCAGCAGAAGGCAACUCGUUUGAUCAUCAGGCCUCCUCAGCUGUUCUGGAUCUGAUGGGUGACGAGAACACCACACUGGACCAGCACACGAAAAUGAUGAGAUGGGAUCGCAAGAGAAAACGUUUCGUCCAUGAUACGGGAAAAGAAGACAAAAAGAACAAAAUAAAAACCGAGAGUGGCCAAGUGGUCAGUGCCAAGAAGUCGAAGAAGAGCUUUUAUGAGGAGUGGAAGAAGAAAUACAAGGUGGACGAUGCAGAUGAUUCAGACGGAGAGAAUGGAGGAGGAAGAGGACCGAAAUUCGGAGGUCACAGAGGACGACACGGAGCGGUGUCUCAGCCCAAGAACAAGGAUGGCUCGAGGGUUCGUUCAGAGCUGAAGAGCAGCGAACAGAUCCUGAAACAACGCAAACAACGCUCCAAGCAGCAGUUCCUGCAAAGCGGCAACUUGAAGAAGAUGCGUGGCCGAAACAAGCAGCGAUUAAACGACGUCAUGAAGUCCGGCUUCGGCCGCGGACGCUUCAAAAAAGGCAAGAUGAGGAAGAGGAUGUGAUACCUUCUGGGGGUCAAAACUCAAGAAACCAGAAUUGAGAAGGACAAGUUUUUAAAAAAAAAUCCUGGUGACUUAUUUUAGUGGAUAAAGUAAGUCAAGUUUUCUUCAGUGUCAUGAUUUUCUUUAGAAUUUUUUUUUUUUUUUUUGUUGCUAUUUUCAUAAUUUGAGCAAAUGGUAAAGGAAUAGCUAUAUAAAGCUAUUUGACCAUUUCUCAGGAAACUGAGACUCUGUGUUAAAAAAAAAGUCUACAGUUCAAGCAUUUUUUGACAUGAUCUAGCCUUCUCAAGGAAUUUUUGUGAGCUAUAUUAUAAAAAAAUGUCAGAUUUUU